AUGAAGAUCAAGGAUGGUCCAUGUAAUGGGGGAUGUCGGCUGCUGGAUGCUGCUCGGAUGUCUUCUCCUGCCCACCUCCGUUCUAGCUUUCUUGCUGAGACUCAAAGUGUAUUACUGGGAAUCAAUGGAAAUACUACGUGUGAUGUCACUUGUGGAAGUGACAUCACACCAUCACUUGACGAUGCCCCCUAUGUACCACCCCCUAUGCAUUGUCACCAGCCUAAGAUACAUUCCAAAAGAAUAAUCAGCAGGUCAACUAAAUGCAAUACAUUUGAGGAUGUUAAUACAGGUGAAGGGAGUGAAUUCGCUGACAGCGGGAUUGAGGGUGCAACUACUGACACGGACCUUCUUUCCAGACGUUCAAAUGCUACGAACUCUAGUUAUUCUCCAACAACCAGUCGGGCCUUUGCUGGCAGUGACAGUGGCAGCUCUUCUACAGGCGAUGGGGCCCGUCAGGGAGUAUAUGAGAACUUCCGACGGGAGCUGGAGAUGAGCAGUACCAAUGAUAACCUGGAUGAAGCUGCUUCUGCCCUGAGUGAUGAACAGAGCAGUGGGACUUUAAGUUCCCCAGGACAGUCAGACAUUCUUCUUACUGCAAGUCAGGGAACUGUACGGAAAGCUGGAGCACUUGCAGUGAAAAAUUUUCUUGUCCACAAAAAGAACAAGAAGGUGGAGUUAGCCACACGAAGGAAAUGGAAGCAGUACUGGGUUUCCUUAAAAGGUUGUACGUUAUUCUUCUACGAGAGUGAUGGCAGGUCUAUAAUAGACCACAACAGUAUCCCAAAACAUGCAGUCUGGGUGGAAAAUAGCAUUGUGCAAGCUGUUCCUGAGCACCCAAAGAAAGACUAUGUUUUCUGCCUCAGCAAUUCUCUUGGAGAUGCAUUCCUGUUUCAGACCUCUAGCCAGACAGAACUUGAGAAUUGGAUCACAGCAGUUCAUUCUGCUUGUGCAACAGCAGUAGCCCGGCAGCACCACAAAGAGGAUACUGUCAAACUGUUGAAAACAGAGAUUAAAAAGCUGGAGCAGAAGAUUGACAUGGAUGAGAAAAUGAAGAAAAUGGGAGAAAUGCAUUUCCUCAGUUUAUCCUCUGUCCGAGAUUCCAAGAAGAAAAAAACCAUUCUUGAUCAGAUCUUUGUUUGGGAACAAAACCUGGAACAGUUCCAGAUGGAUCUCUUUCGGUAUCGGUGUUACUUAGCUAGUCUUCAAGGAGGGGAAUUACCAAAUCCGAAAACAUUGCUUGCAUUUGCAAGUCGGCCAACGAAAGAUGCAAUGGGUCGUCUUGGAAUCUUUUCAGUGUCUUCCUUUCAUGCACUGGUGGCGGCUCGCACGGGUGAAACUGGUGUGAGGAGAAGAACACAGGCUAUGUCCCGAUCAGCAAGCAAACGAAGAAGCCGGUUUUCAUCCCUCUGGGGUCUGGACACUACUUCAAAGAAAAAGCAAGGGAGACCAAGCAUUAAUCAGGUGUUUGGUGAAGGAGCUGAUUCUGUGAAGAAAUCUUUAGAAGGAAUAUUUGAUGAUACUAUACCAGAAAACAAGAGAGAGAAAGAAGUGACACUGACUGCUGUUCAUCCGCAUAAUCCUGACACAGAUAUCUGGGUGCAUGAGUACUUUACACCAUCCUGGUAUUGCCUACCAAAUAACCAGUCAGCUUUGACUGUAAUCCACCCAGGAGACACAACAAGGGAUAUCCUGGAAAUGAUUUGCAAGGCACAUCAGCUGGAUUACUCAACUCACUGUCUGCGUCUAAAGUUCCUGACAGGAAACAAAAUGCAGUUCUAUGUACCAAAGUCAGAUGAGGAUAUCUAUGAACUGUUAUAUAAAGAAAUCGAAAUCUGUGAGAAAGUUACGCAGCAAAUUCAUAUUGAAAAAUCUGACACACUGUCAGAUAACUAUGGUUUUUCUCUGUGCUCUAUAGAAGAAGAAGGGAUUCGCCGGCUCUAUGUGAACAGUGUCAAAGAGACGGGUCUGGCUUUCAAGAAAGGCCUGAAAGCUGGUGAUGAAAUUGUUGAAAUUAAUAAAAAAGCUGCCAAAGACCUGAAUUCAGCCAUGCUAAGAGACGUUCUUGUUCAGCCUUCUUUGUGCCUUAUAGUGCGGACGUAUCCUGAGUCAGAGCAAAAACUAACACAGCUACCACCACGCCGCACAGACGGUUCUUUUGACCUGACUGACAGCCCUUUGAGAUAUGUCAACAACAGCCAAGGACACUUUCUCUCCAGCGAACAAGACAGCUGUGUUGAGACAACUCCAGAAGAGGCAGAAGUGCUUGUCUUGGAAUCCUCCGAUGAGGCUGAUAAAACAGGCAAGAGUACAGAACAAAUUGCUGCUUUUUGUCGCAGUCUUCAUGAGAUGAAUCCAUCCGACUUGAGUGUCAACCCUAAGGAAUUUACUGGCCCUCAGCAAGCCAUAAGACAGUUAACUGAUGCGGAUAAACUGCGCAAGGUUAUUUGUGAACUCCUUGAAACAGAACGCACCUAUGUCAAGGACUUAAAUUGUUUAAUGGAGAGAUACCUGACACCUCUACAAAAGGAAACUUUCCUCACUCAGGAAGAGCUUGACAUUCUUUUUGGAAAUCUGACUGAAAUGGUAGCAUUUCAAGUAGAAUUCCUGAAGACUCUUGAAGAUGGGGUGAGGUUGAUCCCUGACCUUGAAAAACUUGAAAAAGUCGACCAAUUUAAAAAAGUGUUGUUUUCCUUGGGUGGGUCUUUUCUCUACUACGCUGACCGUUUCAAGCUGUACAGUGCCUUCUGCGCCAGUCACACAAAGGUUCCAAAGGUCCUUGUGAAAGCCAAGACGGACACAGCAUUUAAGGCAUUCUUGGAUGCUCAGAAUCCUAGACGACAACACUCGUCAACAUUAGAGUCUUACCUCAUUAAACCCAUCCAGAGGAUAUUGAAAUAUCCUCUUCUACUGAAAGAACUCUUUGCCCUCACUGAUGCAGAGAGUGAAGAACAUUAUCACCUUGAUGUGGCCAUUAAAACAAUGAACAAAGUUGCCAGCCAUAUCAAUGAAAUGCAGAAAAUCCAUGAAGAAUAUGGUGCUGUGUUUGAUCAACUUAUUGCAGAACAAACAGGAGACAAAAAAGAGGUUGCAGAUCUUUCUAUGGGAGACUUGCUUUUGCAUACCACAGUAAUCUGGCUUAACCCUCCUGCGUCUCUUGGGAAGUGGAAGAAGGAACCUGAAUUGGCAGCAUUUGUAUUCAAAACUGCUGUGGUUCUUGUGUAUAAAGAUGGCUCCAAACAGAAGAAAAAACUGGGCGGAUCACAUAGGGCUUCAAUCUAUGAAGACUCAGACCCCUUUCGUUUUCGUCAUAUGAUACCUCUAGAAGCUCUGCAGGUUCGAGCACUAGCAAGUGCAGAUGCAGAGACCAAUUCUGUCUGCGAGAUAGUUCAUGUGAAAUCAGAGUCUGAAGGCAGGCCAGAGAGGUCAUUCCAUCUUUGUUGUAGUUCACCAGAACAUAGGAAGGAUUUUCUGAAGACUGUACAUUCAGUUCUACGUGACAAACACAGAAGGCAACUCCUUAAAACUGAAAGCUUGCCUGCAUCCCAGCAGUAUGUUCCUUUUGGAGGAAAAAGAUUGAGUGCUCUAAAAGGUGCAAGGCCAGCUAUGAACAGGGCAGUGUCUGCUCCAAGCAAGUCCCUUGGGAGAAGGCGGCGGCGACUGGCUCGGAACAGAUUCACGAUUGAUUCAGAUGCCGUCUUCGCCGACAGCCCUGAGAAAGAAUCUCAGCAGGCAUCCAACAGCAAAGACACUGAUCGCUGGGUAGAAGAACAGUUUGACCUUGGUCAGUACGAGGAGCAGGAGGACAUAAAAGAAACAGAUAUUCUCAGUGAUGACGAUGAAUAUUGUGAGCCUUUGAGGGGUACGAUGGUUGAAAAAGAACUUCAGGAGCAGUUGCAGGCGGCCUCCAUUACAAGCAACCAGUUGUACCGAGGAGACAAAGGGCGCUAUCCCAUGGGUUCUCAUGCUUCGAGAAUGGCUCAGUUAAAGAAACAAGCUGCUCUGUCUGGAAUUAAUGGUGGUAUGGAAGGCAAUGAAGAAGUCAUUUGGGUUCGUCGUGAAGAUUUUGUGCCGCCCAGAAAACUGAACACCGAGCUUUAGACCUAUGUUUUCCCUGUUAGAUGGUAGACAUAGACGUGCCCUCGACCCACCCCUUACACAGUGUGGAGAAUGCUCCUUUAGAAUGCACACUUGCACAUACAGUGAUGGCAGCUAAACUGGUUCAAACCACACAGCCUCUUUUUCCCCCUUUAAGGUAACGUAUAUUAAGUGGGGAGCAAACAAAAUUUUGAAAUGGAAUGAGCUUGAGUCCUUCUCUGUACAUUACCAAGGGCUUUAUUUAUUCUAAACUAAUCAGGGGUAGCAUAUUGAAUUGGGAUGCAUUGAUAUUACUAGAAAACAUAUUGCUGUGGGUUUUAAAAAAUAUAUAUGUGCAGCAAGUUAGCUUAAGUGAUAGCACAAGCAGCAAAUGACUUUUUUAUGUGACAUGUCAAUCAUGGGUUCAUCUCCUUAAACAAGAAGCUGCCUUUUCAGACUCCAUAGCUGCAGGAUUCUUAAAUCUUUUUUAAUCUUAAGGUUUGAAGAUUCUUACUCCAAUCCAGCAAGGGUGAUUCAUGCACAGAAAGAGGCUUCCAUGCAUGAGCCAUCCUUCUUGACAAGUGGAAUUGUUGGAAACCCAUUGCAUCCAACUUUCAGGGGUACGAACGGGGUGUUCCUGCAGUGUACGUGCACUGCUGGACAGAUGUGUGAUGCUGUCAGCUCUGGCUGUGAUCCAGUCACUUGUGAGGGUGGGCCUUGAAUCAGGCUCCCCUUUUCUUUUCCUUCAACAAAUAUUCAAUACUGAAAGCACUACACAUCUGUUUGGCACAGGAAAUCUCUUGCAUGCAGUAGUAUUCACAAAGCUUACUGACGCAAGAGAGGAUCUUUGGAUCCAGUUACAUCAUGUAUAUUUUAGGAAUGUGUGAGGAAAAGCUUGGAAUUUUAUGUUGUGUCGUUUUUUGGUUGGGUUUUUUUUGGGGGGGGGUCUGUGACUAGUCUAACUUAAUGUCAAUGUUUGAAGUUCUAGUUUUACAUAAAUUAUAACAAUGCCAAACUCUUUUUUAUUUUAAAAAAGAGAUCCAAAUUGAACACUUGAAAAAGAUAUUUUUCUGUAUUUUACCUGAAAUGCAA